GGGUUCCAGUCGGAGGCUAUAAGAACAGCUGCGCACUGACAACACGGCAGACAAACACAUACAAAGCAUGAGUACAUAAGAACGAGGAAAUAAGGCUCAGCUUUUCAAAACGAACGAACCUGCAUCAUCUACUUUGAUCAGUUUUUGGAUUGUUUUUUAUUCUUAAUCAACCAGCAAAGCACAACUCAAAAUGCCUUUUCUCGGAAAGGAUUGGAGGUCUCCGGGUCAGAGUUGGGUGAAAACUGAAGACGGAUGGAAAAAGACGACAUCGGACAACAACAUGGACAUCUCAGCUGAAAGUUACUGCGACAACAACAAGGAGAACGAGUAUGAGGGCGAGGGCAAAAACGAGCGCUACAACCAGAAGGUGGUACAAGAGUCCUUCAACCAGGAUAACCUUCUGCUCUCCCUCGGUUAUGACAUGGCCGCCAAGAAGAGAAAGAAGGACCUCAUGAAUAACAACAGCAAGGUCCCAUACUUCCACAUGGAGAAAUGGAUUUAUGUUCAUAAAGGCAGCACAAAAGAGCGUCAUGGUUACUGCACGCUCGGCGAAGCCUUCAACCGCUUGGACUUCUGCAGCGCCAUCAAGGACACCCGGAGAUUUAAUUACAUCGUCAGACUCCUGGAGCUCAUUGCUAAGUCCAAGCUCCCCUCGCUCAGUGGCGUGGCCCAGAAAAACUAUAUGAACAUCCUGGAGAGAGUGGUCCAGAAAGUGCUGUUGGACCAGCAGAACGUGCGGCCCAUCAAGGAGCUGCUGCAGACCCUGUACCGGUCGCUGUGCGGCCUGGUGCAGGACAUGGGCAAGUCGGUGCUGGUGGGGAACAUCAGCACCUGGGUGCACCGCAUGGACAGCAUCACGCAGUGGCACCAGCAGCUGGACAACAUCCAGAUCAACAGGCCGACGACUGAAGGCCUGAACCUCAGCGACCUGCCCACCAGCGUCCAGCUCAACAUCAUGCAGCGCCUGUCCGAUGGCCGGGACCUGGUCAGCCUGGGCCAGGUGACCCCCGACCUGGGGGUCCUAUCGGAGGACCGGCUGCUCUGGAAGGGGCUCUGCCAGCACCACUUCACCGACAGACAGAUCCGCAAGCGCCUCAUCGUGACGGAGAAGGGCCAGUUGGAGUGGCAGAAGAUGUACUUCAAGCUGAUCCGCUGCUACCCUCGUCUGGAGGAGUACUGCGAGACGCUCCACUUCUGCACACACUGCCACAUCCUCUUCUGGAAGGACACGAAGCACCCAUGCACCGCAAACAACCCAGAGGGCUGCACCUCUUCCCUCUCGCCCCAGGACUUCAUCGACCUCUUCAACUUCUGAGGCCCCCUACAGGCUACCCUGUACAUAAUGUACAUAGAAAGUCUUUUAUUUACCUUUUUAUUUUUUAACAGUGCAAUAUAACCUUCCAGGUGUGUAGACGUUGGGUAGGCUGGAUCAGGAGGCAGGGUGCAUGCUUGUGUUUCCUGUCGUAAAGGACUUGCAGGGGAGAUUACUGUUGGAACGCAAACGGAUGUGACCGACAGAAGGGAGGCGAAGUGUCGGAGAUGCUGCAGACUAUUGAUUGAGAAGCACAGUUUAACUUGAGAUUUGAGCACUUUCUGCUUUUCUGAGAUGAAGUGGGUUGAAAGGUCAACUGGUGGCAUUGGACCUGUUUGAGAGGUUCCUCUCAAAAAAAUCUGCAAUGAGUUGUACACGAUACGGAGGAAACAUAUUCUGCUAUUUAUACAAGUGGUGAAUGUUACAGAAAGGGAACUGGGAAUUUGUAAUUGGAUUGAAUGCUGUGACACUUAGGUACGUCGACAAUCGUUGUGAUUUCCUACUCUCUUUCUUUUUCACUUUUAUACACGAAUACUAUGGAUAAUGACGUUUGUUUUGUGUUCGUUAUGUGUUAUUUCGCAGCUAGCGUGUGAUGCUUCUCAAAGAGAAUUUUAACCGAUGUUUAUACCAGAUGUAAGCACAGACAUGGAGUGACUUUGGCUCUGAUGCGUACUCUUAGUUCCAUGUUUAGAGGAUCUGAUUCCCUUUUGAGUUCACUGACUUUGAACAAGUCUUUUCAAUCUAAAAUCAGUUGAACCUUGUUUUUUAUUUAGAUAAUUUGUUUAUAAAUACACUUAAUUGACUUUGAAAAAUCUUCUACCAUUGAACCCUUUUGUUCAACCCAAAUUAUGUGGUGUAAUUUUGGCUUCUAGAAAGUGAUUUGCAUACUUAUUUGAGUACAAAGUUCACAAAUACUUAUUGCAAAAUGUAGUGCAAUUUUUGUUAGCCAGGUUGGCUACUUUGAUCCGACACUGUUAAAGCCGUGAAGAGAUCUGCUGUGCAAUGCAUUUGAUGUUUCAUUAUCUGUUGAAGUCAAUAAAUGAUAAAAUAUACAAUA